GUGCAGCCCCGGCGGCGAUGGCGAUGGCGGCGGCAGCGCCGGCGCCGAUUGCCCUGCCGCCGGCCCUGGCGGGGUGGUGGGAGCACGUGAACGGCUCGCCGGCGUGGCAGGACGGCAUCUUCUGGGCCCUCGGCAUCCUCUACGGCCUCGUCGCGGCUUCCUCCUUCAUCCAAGUUGCCAGGAUACAGCACAGAGUUCCUGAAUAUGGAUGGACAACACAAAAGGUCUUCCAAUUCCUCAAUUUCGUGGUUAAUGGAGCAAGGUGUUCUAUCUUUGCUUUCCGUCGCCAAGUGCAACUAGUGAACCCUGAGAUCUUUCAGCAUGUUAUUCUUGAUCUGCCGGGGCUUGCAUUCUUCACUACCUAUGCAAUGUUGGCACUUUUCUGGGCCGAAAUAUCUUAUCAAGCACGUGGUCUAGACACUGAUGGCCUCAGAUCUGGUUUCUACACCAUUAAUGCUGUCAUCUAUGCAUUACAGGUUUUGGUGUGGGUAUUACUGUGGUUGAAUCCAAAUCCAUCUAUGCUUAUCCUUUCAAAGUUAUUCAUUGCGGGCCUGUCCUUUUCUGCUGCUCUGGGUUUUCUGCUUUAUGGAGGGAGACUAUUCCUCAUGUUAAAACGUUUCCCUAUCGAGUCUAAAGGGAGGCAACAAAAGUUGAGCGAGGUUGGCAAAGUCGCCGCUAUAUGUUCCUGCUGUUUUUUGGCACGAUGUGUAAUGAUGUGUUUCGAUGCUUUCGACAAAGAAGCUGAUCUGGAUGUUCUUUACCAUCCAAUUCUGAAUUUUUUCUAUUACUUGCUUGUUGAAAUUCUUCCGUCAGCUCUUGUGCUGUUCAUUCUGAGGAGAAUCCCUUCGAAACUACGUCUCUCACAUUAUCAUCCCCUGAGCAGCGGCUAGAGAUUAAGGCGUGGUAUUCUUAUCAUCUGAAAUUAGAGAUUCUGCAGCAUUGCAACCCCGAGAGUCGACAAAGGCUACCCUAUGUUUUUAACCCUCGUUCAAAAUGUGUAUAGCUAUGAGAUCUGAAAUCUACACGUAACCUUACCUCCUGUAGCCGCUAACCUUUGUAGUUCAAGGUGCUAAUUUCGUGUAAUUAUUCUCGUUAAUAACUAUUAUUAUUAGAAAUCAAACAUGAGCAAGCAAAAUUCCUCA